UCCUCAUCAGCUCUUACUUUUCACAUCAUCAGCUCACCUUGAAGAGAAGGAACCUUCAGGUUUUGAGGGGAAGGAUUUAUUUAAUCUUUGAGCUAAAACCAGGAAUCACAUCAACCAACUGAGAUGGCGAAGGUCCUUUUUACUGUUGUUGCACUUGUUGCAUCCUUGGUCUUCGCGGAGUCCUUGGUCUGCAACAAGUGCACCUUUGGUCUGGUGGGCAUCUGCCUAAACAUGCAAAACGAGACCUGCGCCUCUGGCGUGACCAACUGUUACACUGACACACUGACUUUCAAUGCAAUCUCCGACUUCCGUGGUUUGAGCAUGCAGGGCUGUGCAGCCAACACCACGUUGUGCAAUUCAACCUUUGAGAAUACUUUGGUCUCUGUUAGAUAUAAAUACAACGAAACCUGCUGUACUCAAGACCGUUGCAACAAAAUCGUUCUCGACGGUGCCCCAUCAACCAAGAUGACCUUCACCGCUGCCGUCAGUGCAGCCAUCCUGGCCUCUGUGUGGGGAGGCAUUUUUUAAGGAAUUUACAAAACCUACAUGCUGGUUGUUUUUAAAUUAAUUUGUCCAAUUAAUGUUCUACAUGAACACGAAUCUUUGAAUAUAUUAAAUGCCAAACCUAAACGCUAAUCAGGUGACAGUCUGACAGAGGGCAAAAUUCUGGAAGCUGACCAAUGAAAUGUUUCAGAGAAACAUUGAGUUCAUACAUGUUUUGUGGUGGUGUUUUACUUUAUGAUUAUAAAAUAUCAGACUGUUUUAUCUUCGUUGCUCUUUUUUGUAGAUUAUUACACAACCAGCAUAAAUCAAUAAAAUAUCAGCAAAAACCUC